AUGGUGGACAGUUUUGGCGUAGAACUGGGUCAAACGAACAUCCGUCAACAAGUGGAUGUAUGUAACCGGUUCGCUACUGUACUACCAUCAAUGAGCAAGUAUACUGAAUUUGAUAUUUGGCACAAUGUCCGUGGAUGCGCUGAGGAGGUCGCCGCAAAAAGUGACGGAAAUGGAGACCAG